GCAAUAUGGCGGACUAGUGAUUUUAAUAUUAGAUUUUAUACUGCCUUAUUACAAUUCUAGAGUGAAUUUUAACUUAUUUAUGUAGAAUGCGAAUCAAUGAGGGAAAAAGGGAAAGUCGGUGUGUAUUUUGUGUGAGAGCAGGAUGACAGAUCACUCGCUACAUCGGGCAACGAGUACGCGCAUUGUGUGUUUGAUGGCGAAGGAGUAAAUGGAAAAACGAGUACAGCAACCAUUAAUUCACAGUGUGAUGGAGAUACACGUCGGUUUUAGUAGUGGCUGUGUUCGUUCGAUUUCGGAUGUGCAAAGUAAAAAAAAUAUUACUUUAUAGUGAAUAAAAUAUUUUUGAAAAAGUGCAGAAUAAAAAAAUUCGCUAUCGCGACCGCCAUUGUUUUACUGCGCACAGUAUGAAAACGGUAUUAGUGUUUGUUAUGCGAGGAGUGCGGGGAUAAUAAAAAGUGAAAAAUUGAAAAUUCCUAAAAUUCAAAGCAAGCGGAAUAAGAAUUUGUUGGGGAAAAAGUUUUCUCACAAAUGUCGAAUUGGCUUUUGUUAUCCAUAUAGUGGUUAUUGUUUUUGUAAUUCUACAGUGACCAUACUCGUUCAUUCCGUCUCUAAUUAAAUCUAAAAGAGAAUCGGGAAAAAAUAAAAGGCGGCCAUAAUUAAAAAAUAUAAUUUGAAAUAGUUGCGAAUAUUUAAUGUUUAAUAAAGUUUUCAAUUUAAAACUUGAAGUGUAUAUGUGGGUUUUAAAGUUUACUGAGUGCAUUAUAAAACCUUAACCAACGCAAAAUUUCAAAGUAAAUAGUCGUAUAUGAAAGUACUAAAUCGAAAUUCUGUUCCCGUUUCGUGGUGAAAGAAGAGGAAGAAUUUGUAGCAAAGCUGAACCCCUUGCUAGCUAUAUGGCGCGAUUAUGAAUUUGUGAUUUCGUCAAAAAGUUUAAAUUUAAGUGAUAUACUUCCAAUUACAGUUUUGAAAAAGCUCGCGCAUUUAUAAACUUUCAAUAAAUAUUUUGAAUGUAAUGAGUAGGUAUGUAAAAAGGUUCAAAAGAUUUCAUAAAACUAGAAAUUUGAAAUAAUUUAAUAACAUAUAGUGAAAAUACAAAAAGCUUUUGUGAAAUUCCAAUUACAAGUGAAUGUAUAUAAUGUGCGCGGAAUUAAACCAGUGUUCCCAUACCCUUUACCACUAAAGGAAGACGAUGUUGUACGCUGCCGCUGCUAACAGCGAUGACAGUGUUAAGAAGCAGAGUGUACCCAGACAUUACGUCCCAUACCAUGCUUGUUAUGAAUAUAGUGCUAUACCAUCUCGAAUUGUAACGUAACUAAAUAUAUAUGAACAGUUUAAUGACAAUUGCAUUAAAGUUAAAGCAAUUCCGUCGUUGCGCAGUACUUUAUUCUUCUCUUUCGCUCACGUGCGCUUAUGAUUGUUAUUUCGGUUUGCUUGAAAAUUUGCUUUACUCUAGCUCGUUAUAAUGCGCACUUCUCGUUAGUUUGUGCUGCUAGAUUGCCUAGUUCGCAAUAACAUUUGUAGCCAUGAGUGCUUGGACAACCAUUUCAAUUGUGAAUGAUCAACUACUUUGCUUGAGUUGGUGUGUUUGUUUUUAAUCGUAGGUACCGGGGUAUGUCUAAUGUGUUGUAAAUCUAAAUGCGCGUCUGUACGAUAUGACGUUUGUGUGAAUAUGAGUUGUGUGUACGUUUAAAGUCUUUGGUUGAAGAAUUUAGAACAUCUCGAUGAAACAGAUCAAAAAAUUUAUUAAUAAGGAAGCCUCUUCAUUCUAAGCAAUUUUUACUGGCGAGAGAAAUCUUUGGAUUGGCAUUUGUACCUCAGUUCUACAUAUGCAAAAGAGAUCAGUGGAUUUGUGCCAGAAAGAAAAGAAUAUUCACGUAGAUAAAUUUAAAAGCAGCUAGCAAACACUGUUUAAUUUAUAGACCCAUAAAGAAGAAAAACAACAUUAAAAAUUGAGAAGCCAAUUGAUACAACGACGCGCGCAUUACGCAGGCGCAGUCAACGAGUUGGCAGUAGUCGUGGUGCUGAGAACGAAACGGUGGCGGUGGACAGUGGAAUCAACGCUAGCGCAUUGACAGACGCUGCGUAUGACAGCAUCGUGGCCGCUGACGCCGCGAUCAAUGAGAAGCCAGAUGAAGCAGCUUCUGGUAGUAAAACUAUGGCACCAGCGCUCAAUGAGCCAAUGAGCCCCACGGAAAAACUCUCCAACUCGACGGCUAAAGUCGCACCACCAUCUCGUUCGACUAAAAGUACUAGUGAAUCUGGCUCAACAACGUCGACAUCCCUCAUCACCAAUAGUGAGCAAAAAGUGAAAGGAUACCGUCGAUCUUCGGCCUCUACCCCAACACCGUCAUCUUCGACAUCUAAUACCACACGGAUAACUCGAUCCAAGGACGCUUAUCAAAGAGUUUUUGAACAAGCCGUCUCGCCAACUUCGUUAGUUGCACAAAAAUCAAAACAAUUAACCAACACCUUGGCAGACAAGAAAAAUACAUCGGUAGUAGACACCAGUUUGGCAGACGGUGAGAAAAGGGAGACUCAGAAGGAAGAUGCUAUCAGUAAUGAGCCAAUGGGCUUAAGCGUAAUUUCACAUAAUAAAGGCAUUAGUAUUGGUAAUGACAAAAAUAUUGUUGAGGCAAUAUUUUCGGACGCAGAGGCGAAUGAGACGCUAUGCAAAGAAACCGAAUCUAAUAUCAACAAUAAUAAUAAUACGAGUAUAAGCUGCAAAAGUAAUUCAACGGAACAGCUUUUAGCCGAUUUGACAAAUGAUAUUGAAGAGAGCAUAACAACGAAAGUUUGUAUUCGUAAACAUCUUCAAGAAGUCACAGUGGGGAAGAACGGCUCAAAUACAUCGAACGUUCUAACAAGUACAAAAUCGGAAACAAAAGAAAUCACCAAUCUAAAAACUUGUGGAAAAGAAGCAAAUAAAAUAAACGCAGCUGUAAGUCCCAGUAACGCACAAUCCUCACAAGGAUCCGAACCGCAACAUAUGGAAGUAGAGUUGCUUACUGAAUGUAAUGAAAAAAGCGAAAAUUUUUUAGGGUCCACCUCCAAAACCCAAGCACAAAAGAUAACAGUAAACAGUGAGAAAAAAAGAUUUAGUGAUGAGAGUGUAACAACUCAGGGGCUUUCAAAAGUUACACCGACUGUUCCAACCGAAGAAGUAAUUGCUGAGCCGGUAAAGGGGAGCUCGGGUACUUUGAAAUCAGAUGCUGCAACGCGGAUUCAAAUUUUAUCGGUGGACGUUCUGCCGCCAAUAAGUACAGAUUCAACAAUGACCGCCUCUGAAGUGGAGGAUAAUCUUGAAGAGCGAUUAAGUCAGUUGGAUGGUACGGCCAUGGCUUCGCCAACAUGUGAUGAGGGCAAUACUCCAGUAAGCGGAAGUAUUGGAAACCUCCCCGUGUCAACAACGCCACCUUGUACACCAACAAAGCAUCAAAUACAUCACCAGCAGGUGCAGCAGUUGCAGCUGCAAUUGCAACAAACCCCACCAACACCGCUAUCCAAUCAAGUACGCCAGCUACAACACUCCUUUACGCCGCAAAGUAGCACAUCGUCAGUGAAUACAUUGAAUAGCACGAAUUUGCCACCAGCGUUUAUGAAAGAGGGUGGUGCUGGCGAACUGGAGGAUCAAGAUUUAGAGGAGGUAUUGAAAGUUCUUAAAGGUUUCGAUGGCAGCGCUGGCGCUGAUACGCUCUGCGACUUAAAUGUACUAUUUAAUGAAGAGUACACAUUAUAUGAAGACGUCGGCAGCCAGGUAGCAUCUACAUCGAACAAACCGAGCCCCUUAAAGGAGAUGCAAAGUGAAAUCGAGCGAAAUCAACAAGCGAUGCAUCGCAAAAUCGAUUUUCUAUUAAGGCGCUUAAGAAAAAUACAAUCACGUUAUAUGAGCAAGCAUUGCAGCGAAGAAAUUGCUGGAUUGUUUGAGUGGACGGCACGUAUAUCUGUGGGUAAAUGUAAUGCCAUGAAUAGAGUUUCGGAUUUAUUAUGUCCUGAUACCGCAAUCAGUGUCAUAGCAGCGCGACCACCCGCCAAUAAUUGGGCAGAUGAAAAGAAUCCAGUGGCUUCAACACAAAUGUCAUCUAUGUUACGGCGCAUAGAUCAGUCUUCGAAUGCCCAACAACUGUGCAUGAUUCCAACAAAUAGUAGUUUGAGCGUGGCAAGUACGCAAAUGCCGCGUAAAUCCAAGAAGGCAUUUUUACAAGAUAUGCAAACGGCUGCGUCAACGUCUGCAGCGACGACGUCAAUAUCGACGUCAGUUGAACGAAAAGGUGAAAUUGUGGUGCCCAAUUACGAUAUAAAUGUUAGUGAAGAGUUGGCUCAGGUUGCUGGGCUGCUGCAAACAGAAAUGCGUGAGGUGCAGACAGCAAUGGACUCGGAUGCGACAGAAUCAAGCUCUGGCGGUGAAUCGGCCGAUGAAAUGGUCACCUAUAAUAAUCAAAUACAACAGCCAUUAGCCAUUGCAAAGCGUGCAGCAUGGCGGUAUUCACGUGAUCGUGCAGCGAUAGCCGCGCGUUGGUCAUGGCUACUUUCACAAAUAGCUGAUUUGGAAAUAAAAAUACGGCAACACACUGAACUACGACAGGAAAUUGUACGAACCAAGGGGUCAGUGGUAUGCGGUCUAGAUGAGUCUCACGCUGCUACGAAUGAUGGUAGUCUCAAAUCAAGUGUAGCCUCCGCAAACAAUAUAACAACGUCAUCUGUUAAUGGUUACAAAGGGAAUCUGGCAGGCAACACAAGCAUUAAACUUGAUAUAACCGAAUCGGAUGGAACGGGACUGAUGGGAGCUGCUCGCACCCGAGGUUUUGUACCCUCGCUUUUCCGUAAACGUAAACUCCUUCAAACACAGAGUCUGCACACAAUUUCUAAGAAGGCUGCGCGACCAAGUAACAUCAAAUGUGGUUGUCAGUGGCCGUUCAAUCCAUGUGCACUGUGUACGGGGCGAAUAGAUCCGACAGCGCCUCGAGAUCCGCCAGAUACAAUGAUGAUGGCGGAUAGAAUAGCGCUACUGGAUCCGGGUUAUCAUCCCGUUUUAAGUUUCCGUGAAGACGUCAGCAGCACUUUGCACUUGGAGGCCAUUGCUCGAAUUCCAGACUGGCAGCACAGAAUUAUGCGUUGUCAAGUUAAAAGUAUAGCGAAAAGCGUCUGGAAAGCUGAGCGAGAAGCCGAACGUGCAGCGGGGCUUAACACAUCCAAAAAAUACAAUGAACCGGCCGUGAAACGCCGCUACACAAAGAAAAAGGAUCGCUUGGCGAUUGAUGAAAAGAAUGCGGCGGCGGCAGCGGCUACGGCAACAACAGCAAAUUCUGCAAAUGCGUCACUAUCCACAAUUGGUUUUGCAACAGAUUCAUCGGCUAAUUUAACAAAAGGAAUCGGACUUGUAAAUGGUGGAGCGGCAACGAAUGUGUCGGCAGCUAGCUCAAAUGAAACCACAGCGAUAACAUCAACAACAACGUCAUUGCCGGCGAGCGAUGGUGGAAACGGUACUGGCAUUUUGUCUACGUCUACUACAACAACGCCACUUGUGGCCAACAAAGUGGCAAAAAAUACAAAAAAACUGCAUCACUAUCAUCUAGUUGGCGACGGUGUGCUGCUAGAACCGCCACGACCCUUAUCACCGGUCGCCACCAAUCACAGCAGUCACAGUCAAAGCAGUUAUCACAGUCAACAAAGCGUCAACAGCAAUUCGGUACAUCAAACAAGCGACAAUCUUCCGCAAAAUUACGAUCCAUACAGUCCCAACCCAAUACAUUCAUCAUUGAUCUCCAGCAACAGUAAUGGCCUCAACGGCGGUGGCGGUGGCAGUAGUAGUGGUAUUGGCAACCAUAAACAUAAUAAACAUCGUAAAAGCUCAGCGUCAAGCACAUCAUUUGGCAAUGCUAACAACAACAAUAGCAGCAGCAACAACACUCAUUUUCAACAUCAGAAUAAUUAUGCGACAUCGAACUACACCGGUGAAUUGAAUGAUGCGAAUUGGGACGGCUUUGCGACACGCAGUCGCACAUCGUCGCCAACACAUGCAAGUGCGUCCAUCGGCAACAGCAACUAUCACAAAUAUGAAAGAUCUAAAAAUCGAACUUCAUAUGAUAUAGACAACAUUGUUAUACCAUAUAGUGUUGCGGCAGCGACACGUGUUGAAAUUUUACAAUAUAAGGAAAUACCAACACCCAAAUGGCGUGUUAUUGAAGAAGAACGAAGAUCUGCUGUUGAGACAACCGACAAAGUAAAUAUAACGGACAAUACCGUUACACCGAAAACUGAUGCUGAUGAGAGGUUAGAAAAUGAUUUGAGUGACAUUGUAAAUGAGAGGUCAAGUGAUAUAACAACAGCAAAAGCAAAUGCAGAUGCUAAGGAACAAACAGAACAGGCGUUGUCAGUUGAGAAAACAACAGCAACAACGGCAGAAAAAAUAACGGAGGCAUCUGAAAAACGGGAUGCUACUAAGGAUGUCCAGGCAGUAGAUGAAACAGACACCUCAAAUGAAAUUGAUGCUCAGAUGAAAGAAACCAAGCCAAAAGUGUUAGAACAUAAACAGAAUAAUGUUUUAUCAAAGGAUGACAUUGUUUCGGCAAAAGCCGAAAGUGGAAAUAUUACAGCCGAGUCAACAACAGCUGUUGCUGCAUCAUCAGACGAGCCAGUAGCGAAAAAGGUAAAACAUGAGAACACUGCAUCUACUGUUGAGGACACUAUUGCGGCUGAAACCGAUACUGUAGACGAUCCUACUACAGUAGAAGAAAGUGAAGAAAUUAAAACCACAGCAACUGAGUCAAUUUUGACUUUGAAGCGUACGAUGCGUUUGAAACGCAGUGACACAGUUCAGGAAGAUAACUUUGACCAUGAUGCUACUGCUGAUGAAGCUAAUGAGACAGAGGACAUCUCUGAUGAAACCGUUAAGUUACGACAUGAACGUGCGCUUGUUGAGGAACGUCGAAAAUUCCAAACGUAUUUAAAAUAUCCAUGGAGCACACGUUCGCGUGCUAAUCGGCGCAUUGACAGUCGAGCAGAAUCUAGUGGCGCCAACACUCCCGAUCCCACUUCUCCAGCGCCACAAACCGUCAUUUUAGGCGGAGGUGAUCAGGAGAGUAUUCCAUCUCCUGCGCCGCCGGCUACACCGCUUAAUCCCUUGGACACGAUUACCGAAGUGACCGAGAAUGGUUCAAGUAAUGCACCAGCAAGCAGCAUUGGCGGCACCUCAAAUUGUGCGAAUAAUACUGAUUUAAAUAAACGUUUGGAGCGCCGUCGCACAACAUCAACUAAAAGGGAUCGCGAAACGGAGCGACGUAGUUCUACGCCAGACCCAAAAGAGCUUAUACCUCCAUAUGAACCUUUGAAAUUCCCACUUACCGAUGAGGAGUUCGAAGGAUUGCUAAAGGCAAUGCCCGUCGAAUUUCACUAUUUAAAUUUCGACGCAAAAUAUUUAGAAGACUGCAACAACAGUGGUGGUGCUGCUGGUGGCUCCAAAUAUCCACGGCAUCGAAACAGUUGGCGUGGUGAUGGUACAGCUAUGGUUAACAGACGUGGGAAAUCAAUUCAAAACUGUGAUGUUACAACAAAUAAAAGACAGCGAGUUAAUGGCGGUAAGAUGCGCAAAGGCUCCAAAGGCGGCAGGGGUAGGAGACGCGGUAAUCACACACGCGUUAGAUUUAAUAAUGAAACGAUAAACAAUUGUGUGAAUGGUGGUGGGGCGGAUGAAGUUGAAGAAGCGGAUGAUGAUGACGAUGAUGAUGAUGAUGUCGAUUUAAUGAUGUUUUUAGCCGAGGAGGAUGAUGAUUAUGACUAUCCAAAACAUCAUUUGGCUCCCGAUGAUGAUCUCUUUGAUGGCAGUGCAGGUAGUGCUGGCGGCGUUGGAGCCCUUAAUGGUGGCACACGUGACCGAAUGAUGGCUAUAGACGAUGAAUAUGAGGCUUAUUUAGGCCGACGUCAUCGUGCCAGCGGUGGAGACUCCACCGACAGCGAGCCAUUCGCCGAUGAUGAUCCGAACGAUCCGGAAUGGCGUGGCGAAAGUGAAGAUCGUGGUGGCGGUGGCGGCGGCAAUGAACGACAACGCCGUACUGUGAGGUAGCGAGAAUAAAUAAAAAUUUAAGUAAAAAUACUAAAGACGCCUGAAAUAGUCGCCACUACGCUUUUAUGUAAUAUUUGAAUAUUUUCCACAUUUAAUUAAACAAAAUCGUUUCAUGCUGCGUUGCAUUAAUAUUUAGUGUGCGUAAUACUUUGUUGUUCGUGGUAAAGCCAUAGAAUUCAAUACAUCUCCCAGUUUUAUUACAAUAUCUUAUGUAACAAAUUACACAAAUGCCAGCGAGUAAACACAAUUUGCAAAAGUGUUUGCUGUAUGGAUGUAAUGAAAUUAGGAAAAACAUAGUUCAGACAUAUAGUUGCUCUAACUUAAUCAACAAUAACAUAACAUAUUUCAUUUAUCACCUAAUUUACAAAUUUAUAAGAUAUUAUUCAUAAAUAUGUAAAUGUUUGGGUUUCUUAAUUUGAAAAUUUGUAAUUCGCAUACAUACUUACUUAUAUGAAUGAUAAUUUUGUUGUGCUUUAAUGUAUUUUUAAAUAUCUACAGAUGUAUAUAAAUCAAUAGCAAAUAUUUUCAUGGAAUUUUAACGGCAACAACAAAUGUAGGAAUAUAUUAUUUUCUUGCUGUCUUAAUAAAAUGCAAAAGUACACAGAAAAACGAAAAACGACAAAGUAAAGCAUUAACCAUAAUUAAAGGCAUUUUUUUUUCUAAAGGCACAGUUAAAAACUACUUUAUGUUGUUUUCGUCCUCAUUUGCGCACAACGACAGGAGGCGAAGUACGCAUUGUAAAAAUUAUAAAUAAGUUUAUGCUUUUAAUUUUUUUAUCGGCAACUUUUAUAUUAGAUUUCAUAUUGAAAACAAAAGAAGAAAAACACAGUAAUAGAAAAAAAAUAAAAAUUUUAAAAAAAAAAAACAUCAAUUUGUAUUUAAAUAAAUAUAGUUGUCAAUAGCAUAACCUAUAGAAAAAGAAAAGUAAUAUAUUAACAUUUAAUUAUAAUUAAAUAUACAUACAAAUUAUUAUUAUGCUUAAAUUUAGUAUACACACUUAAGAUUCACAUGUAAAACACACUUACACAUAAACACAAACGCAGAAGCUAGAUACAAUAUUUCGAAUUGACUAAUGGAAUACAACGCGUGUUUGCGCAAUUAUUACUUAUAAUGAUUGGUUUACAAUUUUACUGUCUUAAUUAUGUCUUAACAGUCAAAAUUUAUACUCACCACCACCAGUUUUCGAAUUUCGAAGCGUUCUCUUUGCAAAUGCAUUCAAUCUAUUGGUAUAUUUCAAAUUCUAAAUUCCUGGCAGCGUUUAUUGUUCGGUUCAAUACAUUUUGCACGAGUAUAUAAAACAAUUUUUUUAGAGAUUUGGGAAAGUAAAUUUGUUUUGAAUUAUAUGCUCGAAGAGAAUGUACGUUAAUUCACGUAAAAUCACCAAAAUUACAUGCUUGUCAAUUGUGAAAUGUUCUCCAGAAACACAUAAAUAUUGUUGAACUGUCGUUGUUAGGCACUAGAAUAGGCAGUUUACAAAUAACAGCUUCAAUAAAAUAUAUAUUGGCUUCUGCAAGUCAACUUAUAA